GGGCCGGGAAAGUGGCGUGGAUAACGGCCGCUAGCAGGUAGACGGGAGGUAUUGAAGGGCGCUGUUGGGAAACCAUGGCAUCGCUACGGCUCUUAAGGCUGCACCUGUCUGCGGGGAGCUGCCUCCUCUUCCUCCUUUGUUUCCAGUUCGGAGGAAGCCAAAAGAAGAAGGAGAAUCUUUUAGCAGAGAAGGUGGAACAGCUUAUUGAAUGGAGUUCAAGGCGCUCAGUCAUCCGUAUGAAUGGAGACAAAUUCAGAAGGUUUGUGAAGGCGCCACCUCGCAACUAUUCAGUGAUUGUGAUGUUUACAGCUUUGCAGCCACAGAGACAAUGCUCAGUUUGCAGGCAAGCUAAUGAAGAAUAUCAAGUAUUGGCUAACUCAUGGCGCUACUCUUCAGCAUUCUCAAACAAGCUCUUCUUCACUCUAGUUGAUUAUGAUGAAGGUGCAGAUGUUUUCCAGCAGCUCAAUAUGAACUCUGCUCCAACCUUCAUGCAUUUCCCCCCGAAAGGUAAGCCUAAGAGAGCAGACACAUUUGACCUACAGAGAAUUGGAUUUGCUGCAGAACAGUUAGCUAAAUGGAUUGCUGACAGAAUGGAUGUUCACAUCAGAGUGUUCAGGCCACCAAAUUACUCAGGUACUAUUGCCUUGGCCCUCCUGGUGUCGCUGGUUGGCGGUUUGCUCUACUUGCGACGAAACAACCUGGAAUUCAUCUACAACAAGACCGGUUGGGCAAUGGUUGCAUUGUGCGUUGUUUUUGCAAUGACUUCUGGCCAAAUGUGGAAUCACAUCCGAGGACCCCCAUAUGCUCAUAAAAAUCCUCAAAAUGGGCAAGUGAGUUAUAUACAUGGAAGCAGUCAGGCACAGUUCGUUGCAGAGUCCCAUAUUAUUCUCCUUCUGAAUGCUGCUAUCACCAUGGGAAUGGUUCUUUUGAAUGAAGCUGCUACCUCCAAGGGAGAUGUUGGGAAAAGGAGAAUAAUAUGCCUAGUAGGAUUGGGUCUGGUAGUUUUUUUCUUCAGCUUCCUGUUGUCGAUAUUCCGCUCCAAAUACCAUGGCUAUCCAUACAGCUUCUUAAUUAAGUGAAUUCAAGUGAGAUUUGCAUAAGGCUAAUGUUUACUGCGAAGACAAGCAUCUACUGAUAGUACUUGUAUACAAACAUUUCAUGUUUUUCAAGAGUCUUUCCAUUUCAAGCAUCUGUUUCCUGUGAUUACUUGCAACACUUGUGUGAAGAAGACAAUUUUGUUUUUGUACCUUAUUACUAAAUGCUUCAUAAAAUUUAUAAUGCAGAGUAAACAUUGGAUAUCUAAAUAGGAAAUGCAAUAAACUGAAAUGAAAACGUACAGCACUUGUGUUCUUCAUUUUCAAUAAAGUUAAUUUUAUCAGAAAAGA